CCACUCCUGGCUUCACUGACUGCUUCCCCUGUAAUAAACCACCCAGAAACUGAAUACCUCAGUAAAUAAAAAGGGAUCUCAUAAGAGGUGAGAUGAACCUUGAAGAGUAUUUUGCAAGAACUGGCUAUAAAGGCUCCACUGAAAAACAAGAUUUGGAAACCUUAACCGAUAUAUUCCAGCACCACAUCCGUGCCGUUCCCUUCGAAAACCUCAGUAUCCACUGCGGGGAGAAAAUUACUUUGGAGUUGGAGCACGUUUACAACAAGAUUGUGCGGAGGAAGAGGGGUGGCUGGUGCAUGGAGAACAACCAGCUGCUGGGCUGGGUGCUGAAGAGCCUGGGCUAUGACACCAGCUUCCUGGGAGCCUACGUGUUCAACCCCCACCAGAACGCCUACGCCACCCUCAUGACCCACCUGGUGGUCAAGGUCGUCAUCGAUGGCAAAGCCUACGUUGUUGAUGGAGGUUUUGGGGUGUCCUACCAGAUGUGGCAGCCCAUGGAGCUUGUGUCAGGGAAAGACCAGCCCCAGGCUCCCGGCGUCUUCCGCUUCACGGAAAAAAACGGCGUUUGGUACCUGGAGAAAGUGAGACGGAAACAAUACAUCCCCAAUCAGAGCUUCUCCAACUCCGACCUGCUGGAGAAAAAAGAGUGCCGGAAAGUUUAUAUGUUCAGCCUUGAGCCACGGACAGUGGAAGAUUUCCGUUUCCAGUGCACUUACCUGCAGACCUCUCCAGAUUCCCUCUUCACAAAGAAGUCCAUCUGCACCCUCCAGACCACCGACGGGUUCCGAGCGCUAAUUGGGUGGACGCUCACUGAGACCACGUACAACUACAAGGAAAACAUGGAUCUGGUGGAAUUUGUAACUCUUGAAGAUGAAGAGGUAGAAAAAACCCUCAAAGAGAAAUUCAACGUCACCCUAGAGAGAAAACUCGUCCCCAUUAAUGUUAAAGGAUCUUACACAAUCUAGAUGGCCAGGAAAACCUACAGUAAUGCUGCGUGUGUACAGCACCUUCCACUGCCUGUGCCAUCCCUUCUGCAAGGUUAUGGAAUUCUUUUGCAGGUGACUGAAGGAUACAUACAUUAAUAUGAGAUUAAUGUGAAUUUCACUUCGGGAAAAAUCAGGAAUUUAAGACUCUUGAGUCAGUUAGGUAAAAUUAUUUCCUGGGAGAUGACUGCUGUUCAAUUUUUGGCACAUAUGUAGGAUUUGAUUUGAAUCUGGUAUGAGCUUGGGUAAGAAAUAUGCCUGGGGAAUUUUGGACUGCCUAUAGCACAUGAGUAUGGAUUAUUAAUUGUGAUAUGCUGCCAACACAUUUUCUAAGGUUAUUAUAGGGAGACAAGUCAUCUGUGAGCAUUUAGACAAUGAAGUACACAUUUAAAACUUCAUUUAUCACAAGAUCCAACCACUCACAGCUCAUCUCAUUCCUCUACCUUUAAUAUGAGUGAAACAUUGUCAUGUUGGAAAAGAGCAUUAGGAGGCAUAAUUCUUUCACCAUCAUCUGUAGACAAACCAUAGUACAAAAUGAAAAUCUUCAUCAUGUGCAUCCCUUUGGCCAUUACUGCAGUAAACUGCCCCAAGUAAUUUUUGGUAGGUAGCUAUUCUUCUGGUGAUGAAAAUUCUGUAUAUUGCAGUGUUAUUGUGGUUGAUGGGCUCUAAGGAAAUAACUACUAAGCUUUAUUUCUGAGAUGUAAUCAUCCUAUAAACUAUGACUGGUACUUAAAUGUCACAGCUGGCUUAGAUUUACUUUUGUCCCAAAGGGCGUAGAAAUUCUGUACUUUUAGGUCUACAUUGUUUCUGUAUAUGAAGUUAAGCCCCACUAUGCCCUUAAUUUUGUCCUGCAAACAUGAGUGUCCAUAUGGCUGUCCUGAAUGGGUACCACUUAGCACAGCAGCUUUUAUGUCAGUGUGUGUUCAUUUGCAUCAAAAACAACCCAAGGAACCAGCCAAAUCUAAAGGAAACUUUUUUCUUUUUUCACAAUCACAUUUCCCCAUUUUUCAGAAAAUGUUGUUCCUCCUACCAUGCUUCUCUGCAAAAAGCCCAACCAAGGAAACCAGUAAGAAAGGGGAAACAUUCUUAAAUGCAUCAAAAAUUAGCAGAAAUGCUGAAAAACACUCUUUCUCUCCAGUCUUUAAUAAGCCUGAGUAUUGGUCAAAUGUUGAUUCCUCCCACUGAAUAGUCUUUUUUGCUCAAAGACAUCAUCUGAUCAUUAAUCUCACAAAUGCUGUAAGUGUAUGAAAAUAAAUAAAAGGGAAAUAAAGACAUUAUGAGUUGUUUUAGGUACAGCUGUCCCUGCACGCACCAUCUGCCAGGUGAGGGCUGUACACUGAUGCUGAUCUGCUGGCCAACCCGUCCCACCUCAAACUUCUUAGGAUCACAGGAUCAGAGGCUGGAAAAGGCCUUUAAGAUCGAGUUCAACAAUCAACCCAACAUCAGAACCAUGUUCACCAUUAAACUCUGUCCUCAGGUGCCAAUUCCAGGGAUGAUGACUCCCCCACUGCCCUUGGCAGUCUUACAGUCCUUUCCAACCCUGUGCAAAGAUUUUCCUAGUAUCUAAUCAAAAUCUUCCCUGGCAUAAUUGGAGGCCAUUUCCUGUCAUCCAGUCACUUGUUAUCUGUUCCUUGGAACCUGUUACUUGUCACUUCUUGAACUAAACAGGCCAGUAUUGAACAAAUGCAGCAGUGGUGCUGGGGAUGGUGAGUUCCUACAGGUACUGGAUGAUGAGGUAGUGGGCUGAGGAAGAUGAUCACUGAAGAGGAUGCUCAGGAGCCAUCUCUGCUGGGCAUGGCAGCCAGAGCUGUGGGCUGGCCCUGGUGUGUGCCAGCUCUUUGUGUGACUGGCUGUGGUGGCAGCUCAUGGCCUGGGUGCAUAGAGUUGCACAGGGAGGAGGAACUGAGAGCCAAGCAAGAGGUGACAGGGGACAAUGAAGGAUCUUACUGAGGCCAGAACACAGCUUUUCUGUUAAUAAUGGAAUUGCAGAAUUUAUUCAGUAAUUUGUGUUCAGCUUAUUCCCUCCCAUUAAUGUGUCAUAAUUUCUAAAUAAUUGAUCAAGACAAGGUGCUCCCCGAGACAUCAGGGAACAUUACAGGCUUCAAAACACAGACCACCUCCAUUCUAUCUGAUGGGAUUCUCAUGUACCCAGCUCACCAAACCACAUUUCUCUGUGCCAUCAACCACAGCUGUUUUCUUGUCUUGAGGACAGCCGUUAACAGGGUGGUUAUUUUGCCUCCCAAUGUCCCCAGAGGUUUUCCUGCUGUUGCUCCCAGAUAAUUGCUUGGAUUUUGGUAUGCAAUGGUUUCUUGGGCAGUCUUGGGCUCCUAUCAGCAUUUAACUGGGCCUGCAGUGAUGGGACUCACCCAGCUAUGCCUUCAACUGUUUGGUUCUUACCAAAGAUCUACAGAGCUGCUGGUGACUGAGGCUCCAACCAUCCCCCUGACUCCCAUCUGUUAUUAACCACUCUCCAAGAGGGAUUUUUCAUCUUGACGUGACAAUUAUAAGCAGGUCUUCACUGAGAGACAUGAAAUCAUACAAAGAAAUGUCAACACACACAGCUAAGGAACAGUUUCACAGUUUAACUGAAGCUCCCCAGAAGCUGAUGAAAGCAGGUUAUUGAGGUGUGAAUGCCAGGCCUAAAAUGCCUCAGAGGUUUGAGAUGAGAAUUGUGUAAAACCAAACAAAACCAAACCAACCCCGAGGCCUCAUGCUGGGGUUCCAUUAGCAAGGCAGUAUUGUAGAAGCUGAUGUUCUCCCAGCCUGAAAAGAAAACAAACCACCAAGUCCUUAAAGCAUCAACUCUCACAGAAACUUGAAUUCACAUGCAGUAGGGAACUGUGGGAUGUCUGCCAUCCUUCCCUACCACGAUGCUUUAUUAGCUCUCUCAGAGAAAGGUUUAAUGAGAGCCUAAGUGAAUUUGCAGUUUUAGUUUUUAGGACUGUUGUUCAAAUGAAGCAAAACAAAUGCUGAGAAACCACCCCCCUCCGCCCCCAGACUCAUCUAAUUCCAAAUACAAUUUAAAAGUAUGGCAUUCCAAUCAAGAGAAAGACAAGACAAUUUCUUUUAAAGUCUGAGUGCUGGAUGAAGUCCCAGAAUCCCAGCCCAGCUGCCCAUUACACACACAGGAAAUGCCCAAUGGCAACAACAGCCACCCGUGGCUGUAGCAUUGCAUAAUGGAGUGGCUCAUUAGAGAACAAGACACAGAGCACAAGAAACAUGGUUCAAACUCCACAGCACCUCUGAACAUCCUGCCCCUCCCCAAGAACCAAAGUUUAAUCAGCUCAAGCAUUACUAAAUUCACACUGGAUGGCUCACUUCAGUUGGACUCUGCUCCUGGACUUUUCAAGAUCCAAUACUAAGCAGAAUAAAAGUAAAAGAGAAACAUCAGCAAGAAAGACAAAGUUGUUCAGUAUUUCCAUAUUUUCAAGCCCAGCACUUAUUACAAAAUAAGCCUGGCAAAGGGAAGGACCAAACUUCACAUGACAAGGGACAGACGUGAGCUGUCAGUGAGCACCACCUACAAACCACACUUCAGGCACCUCAGGGCCACAGGCACGAACACUUCUGGUGUCUGGUAACACUUCACCACCUUCAUUUUGCAGGUAGCCAUUCUCUGUAAUAAAAACACUAUUUACCCAACCUGCUUCUGUUGUCAAAGAAGAAACACUUUUCAUUUAGAAACAUGACCAUGUGGGAACAUGCUACAGCUUAGGAGCAUAAAAUGUACCGGAGUCUGUGUCAGAGCCAAGAAAGCCUGAAUCAAUGCAGGUUUGCUUUACAAAUAUUUCACUGCUACGCUUAAACCUCUGUCAAGAGUAGUUCAAGCACAGAUUUUAUACAGCAGAAUGUUUCUAUCUCAGGUAGGAAGCUCGAGUCAGACUUAAAUCCAUCCAUCUUUACAUGUAUUUAUACCAUUGGAAAUGCAGGCAGGUAUUUCAGAAGAUCCCACCAUGUCUGCUUGUAACUCUGUACUUAAAGUACAUUUUAAAAGUCACACAGGGCUGAGUUUUGGUUUUGUCUUGCUCACAGUAACACAAUAUGGAUGGUGCUUUGAAAGGCACAUUUUGCAAAUGCCCCAUGAAUAAAAGAUUGUGCUAAAAAUAAGCAGCUUGGUAGCACUGAGCCACCAGCUGAAUGUGAACAGCAAAGCCCCCAGAUUUAAAGACAAUAAACUAAAAUCUACCAUUUCCUCACAGUUGGUGUUGGGCAUGUUUAGGAAACAGAACCAACCUUCCUCUGACCCAAUUCCAAAAUAAUGGAUUUUCUAGGAAGCUCUUUAGUUUCUCAUGUGCUUAUCCAUGCACUGUGCCAGUCCAUGCCCAGCACUCCCUCAGGAAAUGACAUGAAAUGAAGGAGCCAGAAUGCCCUUUGAUGAGAAUUACCCCCUCUGGACUGAACAGAACCCUGCAGAACCCUGAAAAAGGAAGACUCCAUGAAUUCAUCUCAGCCACUCUGUUAUCAAAAUAACCCAAAAGCUUCUCUACAUGGCACCACUGGAAGCUCCCCCAAGCCACAGUCUCUCAGGACAUGCAAUUGCAGUGACAUCUCCUGGUUGCUGGUGGUUCACCAGAACACACUUUACCCAUCAACUAUUCAACACAGCUAUGCAGAAAUUCACUCUCCAUUCAAGAACUGUGUUUAAAGAGAGAGGAAUAAUUUUCCUACUUUAUAAGCAAGAAAGAAUAAUGGGAUAUAUUCCAAGAUUUUCUUGUGAUGACCAACAAUAAAUCAUUUCAUAGCUCAGGUCACAUCUUCCAUGGGAAGAAAAAUGUCUUGCCAUCAUUAACUCCUUUUCAGCUAGCAGUAAUAUAUGAUCAGGUUUUAAGUAAUUGAACCAGUAGCAUUUAAUUAGCUCUGAAAAACUAUCUGAGAUCAUGAAUCACAGCCUUUCCACCUGCACGAAGUCCCCUUACUAGGUUAAAAGUAUAUUUCUCUUUCCAUGUGUGAUCCAUCUUGAAUAUCUAAUUAGGUGCUCCUGAUAUAUGAAUCACAGCUGAUAUAUCACAUGCAAAAUACAGCAGACACAGUGUGUCCUUCUUUAAAUAAUUGAGUUUCACAUCUGGCUUCAUUGAGCUGUUAAAAAAAAGGACCAAAAAAAGCCUUGUGCCCAUGGCAGAAUGGCCACUCCUCACUUCAAUUAGCAAAUUCCUCUUCCUCCAGAGAGCCAGCAUUAAGGAUGAGUAGCUUGGACAUGCUGAGGAAAUGUAGCAAUAGCAAUAAUUCUUGUUGAAAGGGUGUACACAGAGAACUGCUGAUUUUGGACAAGACCACACUGAUGUUUUUCAACAGGUCCAGAGCACCAACUGACCAAAGAGAAUGGUGUUUCUAUCCUAAUACUGCAGAUGGCUUAAUCACAUGUUAAAUAAAUCACUGCACUCAGCUAAUGUUGGGGGACAUCUGUGGCCAGCACAAAACAGGAUCACUCCUUGUAUCACACUGUAUUAAGCAUAAUUUUUUUACAUUAAAUAAGCUAAUCCACAAUCAUUAACACAAAAACCCACAGUUUUUAUUCAGCUUUCAAGUAUGUUUCUGAAACUGUUAUUAUGCUUUUAUGACAAGACUUACAUAAUUAUAAGAUUGGAUUUUUUUACUGAAAAAGAGGCAAAAUUAGCAAACUUCUUUUGCAAGGCAGAAACUAAAACAAUCUGCUCAGAUGUCAAACUGUAAACGUUGCCCAAUAUUUGGCUGGCUGUAUAAAAAAAAGUUUUACUACAAAAUCCUCUAUUUUUAAAUAAACUUUAUAAAAAAUAAAAUUCAAUAAAGUGGAUUUUAUCUCUCUGUUCUUCUCCCAUCUUACUUUUAGCACAGUAAAAAAGCCCACAAACCAAGCAUGUUUCUGCUGACUUUUUACAAUUUGAAGAGAGCGCAGGUUUCAUUUUCAUAAUAAAGCAAGCAGUGAAAGCUGAACUGCCUUACUGAAUUGGACAUAGCUCAUCUUUACUCCAAAUACUUCUUUCAGAUGCUAUCCUAAAUUGUAAAUAAUGCUGCUUUUGAUUGCAUGCAACACUGAAUUUAACUAUGCAGAACAUUUAAAGAGACUGAUGGGAUGAGUGCCUCACUCAUGAAAAGCUGCUGAGAGAGGAAAGGAUGUACAACAUCCAUUAUAUAAACACCCACUUUGAAAGUGUCUGUCCUGUGGAUGGUAGAAAUUUCAAUGAGAAUA